CCCAGAUUUAAGUAGGUAGGGAGUUCUCGCACUUACUUAUGGGAAAUGUAGUUUUGAUGGUGUCGACGUUCUAUUGGGGACAGAGACUACAACCCCCAGGGGCCGCCGCGACAUUGCCUGUGGCUGCUGGGGAAUCCAACGGUUAGCGGAGGCAGAGGUUGACAAAGCGUCGGCUUGGUAAUGGAUUCUGAAUUAAUGCAUAGCAUAGUAGGAAGCUAUAUUAAGCCUCCAGAAAGAAUGUUUGUUCCAUCAUUUACCCAGAAAGAAUCAUCUCAGAAUCAACAACCUGUGGACAUAGAAGUCACUUCUCCUAAAAUGCUUCAUAGCCCCAAUAGCCAAGCUCUUAUUUUAGCCUUAAAAACUCUUCAGGAAAAGAUUCAUCGUUUAGAGUUAGAGAGGACUCAAGCUGAAGAUAACCUGAACAUUCUUUCCAGAGAAGCUGCAGAGUAUAAAAAGGCCUUGGAGAAUGAAACAAAUGAAAGAAAUCUAGCACAUGAAGAACUGAUAAAGCAGAAAAAAGAUAUAAGUAUACAGUUAAGCUCAGCCCAGUCUCGUUGUACUCUUCUGGAGAAGCAACUAGAAUAUACAAAGAGAAUGGUUCUCAAUGUAGAGCGAGAAAAGAAUAUGAUCCUAGAACAACAGGCCCAGCUUCAAAGAGAAAAAGAACAAGAUCAGAUGAAGCUACAUGCAAAACUCGAAAAGCUUGAUGUCUUAGAAAAGGAGUGUUUUAAACUUACAACAACUCAGAAAACUGCUGAGGACAAGAUUAAAUAUUUAGAGGAAAAACUUAAGGAAGAAGAACAUCAGCGUAAGCUCUUUCAAGACAAAGCUUCUGAGCUUCAAACUGGACUUGAAAUCAGUAAAAUUUUAAUGUCUUCAGCUUCAAAUCGAAAACACUCCAAGGAAAAGAAAAAACCUUUAAAGAAAACUAAAUGUUUAAAGAGAGGACCAUCUCAGCAAAUUUAUUCAAAGUUUGGAGCACUGCCUUUUGUGGCUGAAAAGUCUGCCAGUGUAGGCUGUUCUGUGAAUGCAAGUAUGCAAAACCUUCUGCAGAUGAUGGAACAGUGUAGCCCACAUGUCCUUCAGAAACCUGAAGCAGCCGAGCCAAGAUGUCUCUACAAGCCUAUGCAGACAACUUCCCAGUGUAAAGCUGUGUCUCCUGCACCUGAACUGUCCACCAGCAUCUGUGACAAUUUGUCUGAACUUCUGAUUGCAAUGCAAGAUGAGAUGGACCAAAUGAGUAUGGAGCACCAGGAACUACUCAAGCAAAUGAAAGAAACAGAAAGCCAUUCAGUCUGUGAUGACAUAGAAUGUGAACUAGAGCGUUUAGUUAAGAAAAUGGAAAUCAAAGCAGAACAAAUUUCCAAACUGAGGAAGCAUCAAGACAGUGUUCGUAAACUGCAGCAAAAAGUUCAAAAUUCAAAGAUGAGUGAAACGUCAGGUAUUCAGCGAGAAGAUAACAACCCUAAAGGAUCAAAGAACAUAAAAAAUAUCCCCAGAAAAUGCUUGAAUGAAACUAACCCUUUGCAGAAAAACAGCAACUUUCAUCCAAUACGAGUUCAUAAUCUUCAAGUGAAAUUGAGAAGAGAUGAUAUCAUGUGGGAACAGUAACACAAUAGCAAAGGCUGUCACCUUACAUGAACUUUGUCAAUGAGAUCCUGAGCUGUCCAAAGUGGCUUUAAUUUAAUAUACUGUUGUGAAACUGAAUUAUGUUUCUAGCCUCUAUAAGAUAUAAUGUUGUAGUAUUUUUAAAUUAAUGCCAAUGGCCUAGUAAGAAUACCAAAUAAUAACUGAUAGCUUUUUUUGUUUUUCUUAUUGACCAAAGAGCCUAACUGCAUCAUGUUUUAGAAACUUUGUUCACUUUGUAGAUAUUUUAAACUAAAUAUAAGAGAUUAUACUGGAUUGGCAGUAUUCAAAAUUGAGUUAAAUCUCAGAUCCAAUACCAUUCCACUUUUUCACUUAGUAGUCUCGUAACUUUAAGAACCAGUAUUACAUGAACAGAGUACAGAAAGGUCUUUUUAACUUUUCUGGUGCUUUCUCC